UGAUCACUAGCUUUGCAUUUUGUUUGUUUUUUCAUUGUUAUUAAUUUUUUAAAAAGCGGAUUUGCAGUCGACUGAUAAUGGAUAUAAGUGCGGAUGUGGAGCAGAUUAUAGCCCAAGCUCCGGAUUGGAACUUUGCGGGUGAUUGCGCUCUCCUGGAGCUGAUGAAGCGCAUUUCCCAGAAUCUUCAGGAAAGGGGCGAAAAAACCAGUCGUAAUCUAAGGGACUUCGAGACGAGUGUGAGACAAGUGGAUAUAUCCCUGAACAAUGCCACUAACAGCCUACGAUCGCUGCAAUUUGGCAAUCAGUUUGUGGAGUAUCGGGUGGAGGAGGUGGAUGACGCCGAUUUGGCCAUGCCAGAGGAAAAGAAGAAGCCUGAGCCGCCGCCUAAGACUUCGGAGGAAAUGUCCAAGGAGUUUCUGGAGAACAACCUACGAAUGUUUCGCAAAAACUUUGAGCCGGUGACCAUAGAAGUGCCCGAUUCGGAUGACGAGGAUGCUCCUGUGCACUCAACAACCGUAUUCCGGGCAAAGAACCCUUACGAUGCUAUUCCCCUGCCCUAUGUAAUUGGCACAAAGGAAUGGGAGGAACACAAAUACGCUGGACUGUAUGACAGUAAGGAAAAUAGUGAGGAUGAAAGGUCCGAAGAAUUCUCCUCCAGCUCAUCGGAUGAGAGGGAAUCCGUUCCGGUGAAAAUCACAAAACCAGCGAACAAACCAGAAGAGCCUCAUCUAUCGGACUCCUCCUCACUAGCAUCGUUUGCCAGGGAACCGGCCAUUGUGUCACCAGUUAUUAAACCUGCUGUCCAGAUCGCAGAGCCUGCCGUCAGAACGCAACCGCGUCCCAUCAUAAGUAGUCAAAGGAAUCCACAUGAGAGGGACUUGUUUGCUGCCCUACGGCAAUCGCCGCCUAGCGAUGAUCCGCCGUCCACUUCAUCCUCGCCUACAUCUUCACCAGCAUUUAGGAAUCCUUCUAGUCGCUUGCCAAUAGCGUCUACGGCAUCGCUUAGCUCCAGUAGCAGUAGUCCUGCGCAACAGCCACCAAGGCUUUUCGACGAAGCUGUUUCCACACAAACUCCGAAGGAAACUGAGGUCAAGCCAAGUCAAACUAAGCGCAUGCCUGUAAAUCUCUUCAACGACGAUCAGUUCAAAUCGUUCAUGUCCGAAAUUGUUGACAAAGUCCAGACCAAGACAGGCAGCAAGACAGUUGCACCCGCUUCAACGAUUCCAGUAAAGGAACCACCCAAAGAAAAGGAAUCUUUAAAACAAAACGCAAAGCCUGAGGCACCAAAACCAAUCGCUGAGCAAUCAGUGUCGAAACGUGUAAAUCUGUUUGACGACAGUCCUCCAUUGAGUCCAACUCCAAAGGCAGAGCCUCUUUUUAAUAAUAACAGUAAUUCUUCGGGUGCUAUUCCAAAACGCAAUGAUCAAACCAAAUCCCUCUUUGAUAAUUCUCCUACCACGAGUGCAUUGCCAAAGGAAAAACCUUCGAAGAAGAUAACAAAAACGAAAUCGCUCUUCGAUGACGAUUUGGAGGACGAUGACUUCCUGAACUCCUUUAAACCGAAAACAAAGCCACAAGAACAAAAACCGCUCUCAGAACCAACAUCCUCCCUAUUUGAUGAUGACGAUUUGGAUAUUGAUGAUAUAUUUAUAAAACCAACGGCUCAGCCAAACAAGCUCUCUGAAAAAGUAGCUGGGAAGACUAGAUUAUUCGAAGACGAUGACCAAGAUGAUGUCACUGAUUUGUUUGGCUCCAAAAAGACCAAAGAAACAAGCAAGGAGUUGCCUCCAGAUAUCUCGCCCGAAAAAAUAGUCGAGGAUUCGCCUCCAGAUAUUUCAUCGUACAAAAAGGUCGAUGCUCCAAUAGCCCAAAAGAAAAGCCUAUUCGAUGACGAUGAUUUAUUUGGAACACCGAAGGCUAAGAGCUUAAAUACUAGUGAUAGUACUGGCGUUGAAAUAGAAACAGAAGGGAAACAAAUUGAGAUUGAAGAGGAAUCUUUGAAAAUCGAUAUUAAGGAAAACCAGCCACAAGAAAUAGCAGUAAACUCAUCUGUACCAAUUCAUAGAGAUUCACCUCCCCCAAUAGAAAUUGUAGAAGAGAAAUCUGAAAGGGAAAAAUGGAGGCCGGUUAAGAAUGUUUUAGCGGAACCUAUUCCCAAAUCAACAGAUUUGUUCAAUGAAGAUUUUAGCGAUGAUGAUUCCUUCCUAAGCCCUUCAAAUAUUAAGGUUAAACCAAACAGUGCUAGCGAAACUAAAGAAUUUAUUAAACCAACUGAAGAAAAUACUUUGGAGGCGAAGGAAAAUAUAGCUCCAGUCAAUCCACCCAAGCCUUCAACUAAACCAACUGAUUUGUUUAAUGAAGAUUUUAGCGAUGAUGAUUCAUUCUUGAGUGCAUCCAAGACUAAGGACAAUUCAGUAGGUGCUACAGCAACUAAAGAAAUUAAAAUACCAGCUGAACCCCAGUUGGUGAGUGAGAUUAAGCCAAAAGAGUUACCACAGAAACUGCCACAGAACAAAGUAGAUGAAAUCACAACCAUCGAUGAAAAGGUUGACGUUUUGCCCGAUGUGCUAAGCAAACCUCAAGAAAAUGUUCCCGUUUCCGAAAGUCCGCCACCAGAUAAUGAUGAUAGCAAUCAAGAUCCCAUUAUUACAAUGGUGGCCGAUGCCACUAACAAGUCACCAAAAGAGAUUUCCACCCCAAGAAAGCCUGCGGAUCUGGCUGCUGCACAGCAAAUCAUGCAGAAUUACUCGAAUCUCUUUUCCGACGAACCGCCGGAUGACAGCGAGUUUUUCCAAACACUUGGAAGCAGCGGUCUCAGCAGCCUAAGUGCUUCGAAAAUCUUCGACAGCGAGCAUGACUUCUUUGAACCCGCCUUGCCCAAAAUUCCAAGUGCGACCAAGCCAUCGCCAGUGACGCCUGGAGAUCAACCUUCUUCAUCAUCCGACUACGGCGCCAUAUGUUUGUUUAGUGAUAUCCCACCCGAAGAUGACAAUCAUGCAGGUGAAGAAUCACAGAAGCCAGCUGAAGCUCAAAAAGAGGAAUCAGCAGCAACCACAACCCGAAUACACACAAUUUUCUACGAUGACUUUAGUGAAACAGCAAGGGCAGGAGCAGGGCAGCCAGCUGCUAAGCAGUUUAGCUUCGAUGAUGAACCACCUCCAGCUGAUGAGCCGGACCGUAGUAAGGAUAAGAGUCCUAAGCUACCCAGUCCCACUUCUCCAGUAAAGAAACUAAAAAUGCCUAACAUCAAUAUAAAUGUGCAGGCCUUGCUUCCUGGCUCUGGAGGCCUACCAAAGGUAUUGAGGAAACAAGAGUCUUCGAGUUCUGAAAGAGAGGAAUCUUCAAGCACAGCACAGUUUAAAGAUCCCAUACCGAGUUCCAAGGAGAACGUUAUACCUUCAGCAGAGGGUGGCCUGCAGCAUGUAAACAAAUCUCGCGCUCGAGGACCUGCCAAAAGAAGACCCUCAACCCGUAAGGGAAGAAAGGAAAAUUACGCAAAAAGCUUACAAGACUCUGAGCAGGCCAUAACAUCUUCAACUUCGAUUCAAAAAGGGUCCUCUGAUGAUAAAGCAGAAGUAAAAUACUCUGAGGCUACUUCCGCCAAGGCUCCCCUUCCUCAGUCAGUUAAAGCUGAAAAAAUGUUUUCUGCUCCAGCACUUCCAACCCUAAAUACUACGCCAGAUCUCCAGCCGCUGGAAAGGCCACCUCCGUCUAAAUACGGUGGAUCAUUUUUGGACAGCCCUGAUGAAGAUGAUUCCUUCUUUAAUUCUGUUGCGACACAUGAAGUUCCUUCUGCAAAGACAGUUGGAGGCAAACAGGGAUCUGAUCCACCCAAGUCAUAUCGAUCUUUUUUGGAUAGUCCUGAUGAAGAUGAUCUUCUAUUCACUCCGUUUGAAAAUAAGAAGGCAGCUGAAAGCGCCUUUCCACAAGCAGUUUCCAAAGAGCCACCAAUGGAUCGGCGCCAGUUAGAGAAGACCUCGGGACCGACCAAGUUAAGGAACUCUUUUCUGGACAGCCCAGACGAAGAUGAUUCGCUAUUUAGUCCAGUCAAAACAGUGGCUGCACCUGGUGAUCGGAAUGCUGCUGCCGCUACAGUAGAAAGCAAGGAGGUUUCUGCAAAGGUGGCACCUCCUCCUUCCAAACUCCCAGACACAGCAAAGGCACAAGUUAAGGCCAAGCCACAAGCUGCACCAAAACUGUUUGAUGACAGCGAUGAUGAUGAUGAUUUGUUUGCCAGUGCAGCUGUGCCAGCAUCUGUGGCCAGUGUCCCAGUUACCAACAGGACUAAACAGCCCACCAAGCCGGCGGCGGCUUCUCUCUUUGGCAGCGAUGAUGAAGAACCAGAGGUGUCAGCCAAGAUUGCUCCUGUCAAGAAGUUGCCCGUAAAGACAAGCAAAAGUCUGUUUAGCGACGACGAUGAUGAUGAUGACCUUUUCGGAGGGGGCUCGAAGACCAAGGGCAGUGCUACCAAAAAAACCAAACCAGUGGCCAAGGCUGCGCCCAAAGCACCCACCAGUAAAGCCGCAACGGCGACUACAAUCAUUCCCUCUAAAUCCAGCGAUAAUCCUUUGGCCGAUCUGCUCGAUUUCGAGUAAAAACAUGAAUGCCUUUUAUUACAUAUAUUUACAGUUUUUGAUCUGUGGAUGGUUAGACUGUCGAUCAGAGUAUUGUUAUCCGUAUUCCUAGUAACUAUAAUAAACAAUGAAUGUCAAUGUCGA